CACCGCCUGGGAGCAAUGGCGGCGAUGGAGGCAGUGAAGAUGGCGUCGCCCAAGAGCGCGCCCAAAGAUGCUCAGGUGAUGGCCCAGAUUCUGAAAGACAUGGGGAUCACUGAAUAUGAGCCACGGGUUAUAAAUCAGAUGCUGGAGUUUGCAUAUAGAUAUGUGACAACCAUCUUGGAAGACGCCAAAAUUUAUUCCAGUCACGCGAAGAAGUCGAGUGUCGAUGCAGACGAUGUGAGGCUGGCUAUCCAGUGCAGGACAGACCAGUCGUUCACUUCGCCGCCACCCAGAGAUUUUUUGCUAGAUAUUGCGAGACAGAAGAACCAAACGCCGUUGCCUCUGAUAAAGCCGUACUCUGGCCCGAGGUUGCCGCCGGAUAGAUACUGCCUCACAGCGCCAAAUUACAGGUUGAAGUCUUUUCAGAAGAAGAUAUCGUCCUCUGCAGCACGGAUCACGGUGCCACGACUGAGUGUCGGCACCGUCACCAGCAGGCCCAGCACGCCGACAUUAGGAACUCCUUCGGCUCAGACGGUGUCCGUUUCAACGAAAGUUGGCACUCCCAUGCCUCUGACCGGUCAAAGGUUCACGGUGCAGAUCCCAACCUCCCAGACCUCGGUAAAAUCAGCGACUCCAACUACCCCCACGGUACAGAAUGUGCUGAUCAACCCCUCCCUGAUCGGGUCCAAAAACAUCCUCAUCACCACCAACAUGGUGUCGUCGCAGGGCGGCUCCGGCGAGGUGAACCCUUUGAAAAGGAAGCACGAGGAAGAUGACGACUACGAUAACUUGUGAAAGGAAACGCUCACCGUUUUGUUGCCUUAGUUGUGGCGCUCCCACUUGCCACCUCUCCCUCUCCAGAAGCCUUCACGAAUGGAGGGGAAUUUUUUUUUGGGGGGGGGGGCAAGAAGACAAGCAGAUGGCUCUGAUCUCCCAGUUGGCUACAGUCUACUUGCAGUGGACCAAAACAGGGGGCUGAUGGGAGCUUUGAUGGAAAACAGGCGGAAGCCACUAGAUGGUGGAAGGCUUAGUAUAGGAGCUUUGAAAGAAGUUGAUUCUCCUCUCCUCCGCCCAUUCCGCCGAUCUCUCUUGGAAUUAAAAGAAUCAGCAUCUGUGCAUUUGUUCUGGUGGUACCUUGUUUCCUACAACAUAUCUUUCUUGGCCGGGGGGGGGGGGAAGAGUGCUGUUUCUUCUUCUUCUUUCAAAUAAUUUUUAUUGGUUUUUACAUAUAUUUUCUUUGCAUAACAUCAUAACCUUUUCCCCCCAAAAUAAAACAUUUGGCUCCAUGAGCCUGUGACUUCCCUCCUCCCUGACUGUAGUGGUUUUCAAACUCCAUAACUUGCAUUUUCCUAUAGUUCUUAUUCCUGCUAAAUCUUAUCUUUAUAUACAGUAAUUCCUUACUUAUUUCAGUUAAGUAAUUGUAUUGUAUUACUACAAUAAGUAAUAAAUUGAUCCUUACAAAACUUCCUGUAACCCUACUAGUGAUGUUAAUUGUUUGCAGUUGCCCUUCAAAUAUAACAUAAAUUUGUUUUAGUCUUUCUGGAAAGCCUGGUCCUGCGGGUUCCAGAUUUUUCCCAUCAGUUUCGCCAAUUAUGCGCAGUCCAUUAAUUUCAUCUGCCACUCUUCUUUUGUUGGUAAAUCUUGCUUCCAUCUUUGGGCUAAUAACAUUCUUGCCGCUGUUGUUGCAUAUAAAAACAAUGUUUUCUCCUGCUUACAUAUUUCUCUACCUACUAUACCUAAUAGGAAAGCUUCUGGUUUUUUUUUAAUAAAAAAAGUAUUUCAUCAUUUUUUAAAGUCAUUAUAAUACAUUUCCGAGAAAGCUUUCACCCCUUUACAAAACCACCACAUAUGGUAAAAGGUACCUUCUUUUUCUUUACAUUUCCAACAUAAAUUGUUUGUUCUGUACAUAAAUUGUUUGUUCUGUACAUUUUUGCUAAUUUCACUGGUGUUAGGUGCCAUCUAUACAUCAUUUUCAUAACAUUUUCUUUAAGCGAACUGAAAGCAGUAAGGGACAGUGCUGUUUUGACAAAGCUGGUUCUGGAGGCAACCUGAUUUCACGUGGCCAGGGAGUGUGAUGGAAAAACAGCUGCGUCUCAAGCAGCCCCCCCCCCCAACUACAGCUUGUAGAAAUACUGAGCGGAAGAAUAGCAACAUCAUUACACCCUUUGCUUGGGAGAGUUGUGUGUGUGAUGAGUUCAAUAUAUCUUUAAUAUACACGUGGAAAAUGGGGGGAAAAAGCAGAUUUCCCUCUUCAUUUUUGUGUGUGAUUUUUACUUCCCCAGCCUCCUUAUUGAAAACCUUCUCGCCAUGUAAUACCUGAUCUAGUAAACAAAGCUUUUUCUCAGAACGGAUUAAUCAGUUUUUAUGCAGUUGGGUUAAAAAGGACUCUGCCAUACAAGGCCAUAGCCGUUUUGCAAUUGGGCUAAUAGGAUCUAAUGUAGCAACAACAAAUGAAUUUAAUGCUUGCAGUUCUUUGGCAAUUACUCAUAGCCAAGUAAUAUUGUCUUCCAUAAACAGGGUUUUAACAGUGAGUCCACAAGUGACUGUAGAGGGCAAAUCUGGAUCCACACGUCCUUCCACAGUGAGGACAUAAAUUUCCCGGUGGGAGUUGAUCAUGGUGAGAGGGUUCGCCAAGUGUGCCUUCCCCUUAGCAUGUUUCUCCCUUUUAUCCCGAGUUCGAACGUCUUCAAAAGCCCAUGACAUCUUUGGUAAAGGCUGUUCUCCAACUGGAGCGCUUGAACGCCAGUGUUUCCCAGUUGUUGGUGUUUAUAUUACGUUUUUUAAGAUAUUGCCUUAAGUGAGUCUUUAAACCUUUUGUUGACCGCUUACCAUUUUUAAGUUCGGAAUGGAGUAGUUGCUUUGGAAGACGAUAAUCAGGCAUCCGCACAACAUGACCAGGCCAACAAAGUUGAUGUUGAAGAAUCAUUGCUUCAACACCGAUUUUUGCUUGCUAGAUACACGUGGGUACUACUCUUGCCUGAUAUGGUUCACUCUCUCAAUAAGUGAAAAGGUGCUAUCCUUCAGGGGCAGAUCCAGGCUGUAAUUUAAAGCACCUUGGCAACACAUGACUUCCUGCAUUCUUGAGGGAAGUCAUGUGCUUUUAAGUGUUGUGAAUGUGCUCUAAAUCUAUGGCCUGGAUCUGCACUGGGGCUUGUGGAAAGUUUUCUUCUAAUGUUUUCCACAAUCCGGCUUCUUUAGAAGUGGUUAGCUCUGUCCUUUACGAAACCCGAGAGCUGCAUUCUGUUCUUCCCAACUCUUUCAAUAAAAAAGAUUUGUUUGUGUGUAUGUCCACAUAAAGGCCACGUGACCCCAUACACCUAAGCCUGUUUAAGACGCUUGUCGAACCAUGCCCCCUCACACCUGUCCUGCUCUGCACUCAGGUGCUUCUGCAUGGAAGGAGACUCAAGAUGUAUGGGGUGCAGCGCAGGGGGCAGAAGCCUCGUGAUGUUUCCAUAGCUGCAGUUGCAUCCAUUGAACCGCCUGCUCUUGGUUCUGGGCUCACCAGUCACUGGUAUACCUUCCAACCAGGGAACUGACGACCCUCAAGUCUGAAUAGCGAAGAAUUGGAAAGGGGAAAAUCUACCAACUAUUAGUGACUGGCAAAAUAAAUUGCAAGAAUAUGCGGAAAUGGCACUGUUAACCAACAAGCUGAGAGGCAAAUCAAGACAGGAGUAUGUACAGAGUUGGGAAUAAAUACAAGAGAUAUACAAGGAUACACAAAAGGGUUUAUGUCUAUGGC